ACUUAAAGCCUCACACUUCUCACCAGUUAAUCAAACAGUCGUCAUGUCCACCAGCCUAGCCAAAUUCUACCAAUCUUCACUGACUUUCUGGAGCCAUCUGAUUCAUCUACUGCUACAGUUCAUUCAGAUCAACUGCUGGAACCACACACCCAAAACUCAGGAGGCGGACGAAGUCACGAAGUCCUGCCCAAUUUCAAGGACCAUGGACGCCUUUGCGGAGGAGCAGCAAAAGAGGGUGCAACGGAAGGCCCAGGAGUACGCCAAAGUGGAGCUACUGCAUCGCCUGCUCGUCCAGCAGCAACUGCAGGAACUGGAACAGCGCAGACUCAUACGAUUGGCCCUGGCCCGAAGGCGUCUGGACUACUCCAAUUAGACAAUUAGACAGCCAACCAGUGGACAAUUAGCUCAUAAUUUAUUUAGAUUUAAUGCUUAGAAUAUGCUUAAGUAUUUGCAAUUUUUAAGUGGGCACACAUAAUGAGUGCCAACGAGGCAAAUAAAAAAUGCAGACAGUGCGGA